GUAAUAAAUGGCAAGACUGUGUUUGUUUAGAUUUGUGUUUUUCUUUGCAGUACCACAUCAACAAGCUGUCCAUCAUGUCUUCAGACAAUCACAUGAACAACAGCGAGAAGGAGGUGGACGAGGUUGAUGCCGCUCUCUCGGACCUGGAGAUCACCUUAGAGGGAGGAAAGACGUCCAACACGCUGGGUGACAUCACAUCCAUUCCUGAACUGGCCGACCAUGUAAAAGUCUUCAAACCAAAGAAACUCACUCUGAAAGGAUACAAGCAGUACUGGUGCACGUUCAAGGACAUCACGAUCUCCUGCUAUAAGAGCCGCGAGGAGGCGCACGGCACGCCAGCGCUCCAGAUGAACCUGAGAGGCUGUGAAGUCACACCAGAUGUGAACAUCUCUGCUCAGAAAUUCAACAUCAAGUUGCUAAUUCCUGUAGCAGAUGGUAUGAAUGAGAUCUGGCUGCGGUGUGAUAUUGAGAAGCAGUACGCUCAGUGGAUGGCAGCGUGUCGUUUGGCCUCUAAGGGGAAGACGAUGGCUGAUAGUUCCUACAACCUGGAGGUCCAGAACAUCCUGUCCUUCCUGAAGAUGCAGCACAUGAAUCCGGAUCCUCAGAUCAUAGAGCCCAUCACCACCGACAUCAACCCUGAGUGUCUGGUGUCUCCACGAUACCUGAAGAAAUACAAGAACAAGCAGCCUGGCUUUGUCAGGGACUUGAUUUCCGCCCGUAUUCUGGAAGCUCAUCAGAACGUGGCCCAGAUGAGCCUCAUUGAGGCCAAGAUGCGCUUCAUACAGGCAUGGCAGUCCUUGCCAGAGUUUGGAAUGACCCAUUUUCUUGCCAAGUUUCAGGGUGGCAAGAAAGAUGAGCUGAUUGGCAUCACCUACAACAGACUGAUCCGUAUGGACGCCAGCACAGGAGACGCCAUCAAGACCUGGCGCUUCAGCAACAUGAAACAGUGGAACGUCAACUGGGAGAUUAAGAUGGUGACGGUGGAGUUUGCGGACGAGCCCAGUCUGGCCUUCAUCUGUGCCGAGGUGGACUGUAAAGUGGUGCACGAGUUCAUCGGCGGAUACAUCUUCCUCUCCACGCGUGCCAAAGACCAGAACGAGUCUCUGGACGAGGAGAUGUUCUACAAGCUGACCAGCGGCUGGGUCUGAGAGUCGCUCGCACGCCUCACUCCGUCUCCUUUAACAGCGCCGGCGGGGCCACAGCGUAAUCGUUUGCAAACCGA